UCUAACGCGAGAGAAAAAAAAGCUGUACGACUGUCCAUUAACGUCUAAACCUACUCGUUUCUCCCUAUAAAGUACUAAUUCCUUCUUGCGUUCGAUCUGCACAACACAUCUAGACAUUUCUCUGUCCAUCGAUCCCACGAAAAAAAUGGGGUUGAAAAACACCAACCAACAGAAGUACUUGUUAUCUAAGAUAGCAACCGGCAAUGGGCAUGGAGAAGAUUCUCCCUACUUUGAUGGUUGGAAGGCGUUUGACAGUAAUCCAUUUCAUUUUAACGAGAACCCUCAUGGAGUUAUCCAAAUGGGUCUUGCAGAAAAUCAGCUUUGUUUUGAUUUGAUUCAAAAGUGGAUAAUGAAUAACCCAGAAGCCUCCAUCUGCACGCCCGAAGGUCUAAAUGACUUCAGAGAUAUAGCCAUCUUUCAGGAUUAUCAUGGUUUGCGAGAGUUCAGAGAGGCUGUUGCCAAGUUUAUGGCAAAAGGAAGAGGAGACAGAGUGAGAUUCGAGGCUGACCGCAUUGUUAUGAGUGGGGGAGCAACGGGGGCACAUGAGAUGAUCGCCUUUUGUUUGGCAGACCCUGGGGAGGCAUUUCUUGUACCUACUCCUUAUUAUCCAGGUUUUGAUCGGGAUUUGAGAUGGAGAACAGGAGUACAACUUCUUCCAGUAGUCUGUGAAAGCUCUAAUAAUUUCAUGGUGACAAGAAAAGCUUUGGAAGGUGCCUAUGAGAGAGCUAGAGAGAACAACAUCACUGUAAAGGGCUUGCUCAUUACCAAUCCCUCAAACCCACUUGGCACUGUGUUAGACAAAGAGACGCUAAGAAAUGUAGUGAGCUUCAUCAAUGAAAAGAACAUCCACUUGAUCUCUGAUGAAAUCUAUGCUGCCACUGUCUUCAGUCAGCCUGAUUUCAUAAGCAUAUCCGAAAUAAUAGAGGAAGAAAUCACCUGCAACCGCGAUCUCAUCCACAUUGUUUAUAGUCUUUCAAAGGACAUGGGGUUCCCUGGAUUUAGAGUUGGCAUUGUCUAUUCCUACAAUGAUGCAGUAGUUCACUGCAGUCGCAAAAUGUCCAGUUUUGGACUUGUUUCCUCGCAAACCCAACAUCUCAUUGCAUCGAUGCUCUCAGAUGAUGUGUUUGUUGAUAGAUUUAUUGCAGAAAGUGCUGGGAGAUUGGAAAAACGACAUGGGGUCUUCACUCGGGGUCUUGCUUCAGUAGGCAUUGAUUGUUUGAACAGCAAUGCUGGUCUCUUUGUCUGGAUGGAUUUGCGUCGGCUCCUCAAAGAGCAGACAUUUGAAGCAGAGAUGAAACUGUGGCGAGUUAUAAUAGAUGAAGUCAAGCUCAAUGUUUCUCCUGGUUCUUCUUUCCAUUGCUCAGAGCCAGGGUGGUUCAGAGUUUGCUUUGCUAAUAUGGAUGACAACACAAUGGAUGUGGCUUUAACAAGAAUCCGUACUUUUGUUAAUAAGGUCAGAGUUCCCAGCAAAAGACAGUGUUGGGAAAGAAGCAACAACCUAAGACUCAGCUUCUCAUCUAGAAGAGUGGAUGACAUAUUGAUGGCACAGUGCCUUUUGUCUCCUCACUCCCCUAUACCCUCUCCCCUUGUUCGAGCCAGGACUUAGAUAUAGAGAU